AUGUUGCCGCCUGACCAAGUUGUUCUGUGCGAAAUCGCAGACGGCCUUGAUUACAUCCACUCACAGAAACUUGUCCAUCGCGAUAUCAAACCUGAAAAUAUUUUAAUUUCUUCAUCGGGUAAAAUGAAAUUGUCAGAUUUUGGAUUAAGCAAACAAAUCAGCACACGGGAUACCUGUUCGAUGAGUGGACUUAAAGGAACCCUUUUAUGGAUGGCACCAGAACUGCGAGGUAAUAACGAACCCAAUAAAGCAACGCCCAAAUGUGACGUCUUCCCGUGUGGAUGCGUCUUUUUUGUUUUCCUCACGCGUGAAAAUGGCGGUAUUCAUCCGUUUGGUGAUAAGAAAGACCACCUGCAAGUACAGAUCAAUAUCCGUGAGGGUAAACCAGUUAACAUUGACGAAUUAAGACGUGAUCAUUUUGCGACUGCUGUCAUCCGACAAAUGCUAGAAAUUGAUCCGUCGAUUAGAACGUCUUCGGAGAAGGUUAAACGUUCGUUUCUAAAACUUCUACCCCCGCUUCUACCAAACUCUUUUAUCCCUAAUGUCAAUAUGAGCUCAAAAACGGAUCAAAUGCAGCAGCAGAAAAAAAUAUACGACCGACAGUUUCUGCUGGAACUACGGAACAAAACGGGAAACGAAAAACCGGAAGGACUACCCAGUCUGGAAAUUGUUCGUGAUAGACCAAAAAAAGUAGGGCUGACUGGCUCCAUACCGGGUAGACCAACUCAGGGAAAUAACCAGUUUUUUGGUCGCCCAAAAAGUCAAAGGAAUCCGCACCUUACUUAUGGUUAUGGCCCAAUUGUACCAUCUCCAGCGAUUCCGGUGUUCAUUGGAGGUUUUCAGCCUUUUUCUCAAGCCUCACGGAGGGGAAGUUCACCCGCAUUACGUAUUGUUGACCCCAAUACGAAUAGGGAUGUUCUCACCGGUGAGAUAGUGCCUCCGUCAGCCGUGGUUACUCCGACCACCACGACAUCCCCUGAAAUUACGACACGUGGUACAGGGGGUGCUGUACCGCUGUUUCUAGUGGAUUCAGAUUAAAUUGAAGAAUAAUCAUUGUUCUAGAGGUGAAGGGAACAGCUGCAACUCAAAACGAAAAUGUUUUAUUCUCCGCCAAAAAAUUUAAAUGUUAGAGGUGUUGAAAGAAUUGCUGUAGAAAAAACUGUACCAAAUAUAAGAAGGAUGACGGAUCUAG